GAAUUAAGUCGUUUCCUCGUGAAAAUGUAAAUGGUAUGUCGCCUUUGUGGCGUGUUUUCUGAAACCAAGGGGAUUUCCAAUUGUAGUUGAACUUGCACUGCAGCAGCUGUGUAUUCACUAAUUAUCACAGGUUACCGUGUCUCGCUGAUCAAUGAUUGACUUUAUAAAGCAAAAAAGGAAGAACAAGGGGAAAAAAAAAAAGAAAAGCAUCGAUGAGGAUAAACACCAAGCUCAGCUUUUUAUCGUUUAGGUAGUUUUUCUUUGAGUUGCUGGGUUCGUUGGGACUGCUGCAUUGAUCUGGCUGCCUUUUUGAUUAAACGUUGGACAUGGCGCGUUGUUUAAGAUUUGGGAUAACAUUGUUGUUGGCAUUGGCGACCACAGUUUGGGCGCAAGUACCACCUAAAGGGUUCGUGACCACAGAAUGUCAAGGGAGUGUUAUGAUGAUACUGCUCGAUAGGUCGUUUCUUGUUGGAAAAUAUUUCCGGAUUGACCCCAUAAACAAACAGGGGCAGUCUGUUUCCCUCUCUCCAAAACUGGCAGCACAGUGUGGAUAUAGUUUAUCUGUGGAUUUCUGGGGAAAUGCCAAAUUCCUUGCUUCUGUCCUAAGCUGCUUUGCUCAAAACACAAAUGAUGAAACCUAUAAACUUGCUGUAAGAAUUGGCGUGUCUCCAAAUAGCGAUAUGUCUUCAUCUUCCUCAUACAUGCAGACGAUGACGUGCCCUUAUUUCCCAUGGGCAACGAGGGAAAUUCUAUGUGAAAGAAACUACAUGGAGGUAUCUGUUAGGAGAGGAGUGCCACCAAUUGGCUCCAGCUUUGUUCAAGAUCAACCUGAGGAUUGGUCCAACAUAAAAAUUGAGGCAGCUGCUGCUGACAGCGCAGUCUGGCAGGUAGUGUUCCAUGGUUCAGAAAAGAAAUCUAUGACUGUUGCUCAGGCCAUAUCCAAUGGCUAUGGAAUAAGCACUACACCUACCCGAAUAAUGCUUAGAGCUGCAUACAAUGCAACUGAAGUGCAGCUUCAGGAGAUCCAGACUGUGCCAGUGGCAGUCAUAAGGUCAACUACCUUUUAUAAGAAGAGAUGGAUGCUCAUGAUGGUGGAUACUGCAGUUGCAUGUCCUAUUUAUGACACCUCGUUCACGGAAGAUAUGAUUACGUGGAAAGUUCCACGAGUCCUUACACCUCUUGUUUCUGCAACACCCAUUAAGGACCUGAAUGUUCAAAUGGGGAUUGAUGGUCAAAAGCUUAACCCUGAAACAGUUGAGGAAAGAGAAUAUAAACUGGAUGUUGGUCCCAAUCUCAUCACAGUUCAAAUUCCUGUGGGAGCAGAUGGUGGCUAUUACAAGAGCCAUGUGUUGAACAAAACAUAUGGAACUACAUUUUUUAUUGAAGCAAUGCUUGAGCAUACCUGGCAAGAUGAGGUGUAUGAUGAAACCAAGUACACAGUACUUCACCCAAUAACCACUCCUUUCUUGCCUCGGCCACCUCAUGUCACAAACGACACUGUUACAGAGGACCAGCUAUUCAAUGUGACCCUGGGGACAUUCCUGCCUGAUGUGGAGCUUGUAGAAAUUAAAGUUGGACAAGAGACUCUAACUGUGCCGGAAGCAAACCUAAAAGGGUACAAUGCCCAGGAACAUAGCUUUCCCAAUGGAUCCAAGGCCUACACACUCCAGGUGCCAUUUGAGGACCCCAAUGUACAGUCAGAGCCAACCUCUCCAGUCACCAGAACAUUCACUCUAACCAUCACUUAUGUGCUGAAUAUUGUGCCAGAGGAUAUCCACUUCACCCAUCCAGCAGAAGUUAUUGCCACAGUUAAAACUAUUAUUCCACCUACAGUAACUGGCUAUUGUGACAUUGCCCAGUUCUAUAUCCAGGUAACAUAUGGCAACCUGGGUCGCAACUGGAUUCCUUUUGUUGGGUCAACAGAACUUGCUGGUGGCCUGCUUGCCCAGUACAACUACAGUGACAAUGCUACCAACUUCUGGAUUGCUGUGCCAUACAAUUCGCUUGAUGUAACAUAUGAAGUAAUCCAUUCUUCAGAUAUCAGAAGCAGGCUUGACUUGACUUUGAAGGAUAUUGAGACCAUGGUUGUGGUGACUACCUUCUCUCUGUCCUGCAGUUUCCCUACAAAGAUGAUUGAAUGUUUCUCCAAUGGAACUAUGGCAGCCCUUGCUGUAAAAGUGGAAUCUGUCCCCAGCUUGCUUCCAAAUCUAUUAACUCUAAGGGAUCCGAGAUGCAGACCUGUUUAUUUUGAUGCUUUCAAUGCAGUCUUCUACUUCAGUGUCAACUCCUGUGGAACAACUAGACGGUUUGAUAACAAUUUCAUGAUUUAUGAAAAUGAAGUGCUGUUCUCGAUUCCUGGUAACAGUUACCAGUUUGCAAUUGCUUGUCACUUUCAGAUCAAUGACACCAAAGUCGUUCAGUUCAUGUACCAGGAUAAUAUUCAACAUGUCAUCCAGCCUGGCUUUGGCGACCUUGAGGUCGUAAUGCGUCUUUCCUUGGAUUCAUCCUACAGUAUCUUCUAUGAAUCUCAAGAUUAUCCUCUAGUGAAGUACUUGAGAACUCCUUUAUAUUUUGAGGUAGAACUCAUGUACAGCCAGGAUCCACAAGUUGACUUGGUUCUUGAAAACUGUUGGGCUACCUAUUCAGCUGACCGGAACAGCCUUCCACAAUGGGAUGUUAUUGUGGAGAGUUGUGAGUACACCGCUGACACUUACAAGACCCUCUUUCAUCCAGUCUCCUCCAAUGGGAGAGUCAAGUUUCCUUCUCAUUUCAAAAGAUUUGAAGUGAAGAUGUUUUCCUUUGCAGAAGACCAGGAUGCACUGAAAGGGGAGAUUUACUUCCACUGUGGUGUUGUGAUGUGUGAUGCAAACCAGAUAUCGGACAGCCUCUGUAAUAAACAGUGUGUUUCUGCCAAACGGAGGAUUGGUCGCAGUGCUGAGUGGCGAGAUGCAGAGAAAGCAAAGACUUUUGUUUCAUCUGGACCAGUUGAUCUGGUGCGAAGUGUUAAUGCCCGUCGCGUCAGGCAUAGAAAUAGCUAUUGGUCUUUGGUUGCAGUUGGUGGUGUGUGUUCAGUGGUUCUAUUUGUCUCUGGAAUUGUAGCUUUUAAGAAAAUGCAAAAAGAUUUAUGUUCAAAAUAAUAAUAAAAAAAAAAAACUGAAUUUGGUUUCUUAAGGGUAUUUGUAUGUCUAAAUUUUAUAAUCUAAUGGGUGUAGACAGCCUAUGGACCAUUUACUAUCUGAAACCUGGUGCUUUUUAUAUUUCUGAACAAUAUUUUGUAAGCCAGAUGUGUUUAACCAUGAUCUUGCACGUCAAGCUUUUAAUCCAGUCUUGAUUUGCCUCGCACACACCUUGCAUGUGUGCCAUUUAUCUUGUAGCAUACAAUCGCUGUCUAGAUCUUGAAUGUGUUCUGGUAUGCUUCAGUUUAAGUGUGUAGUAUUAUAUAUUCCCAAGAAGCCAUGCAUCUGGCUUCUAGAAUAACAAUUUGGGAAAUUUUAAAGAAUGCCUCGUUAACUUUUGUUUACUGUGUUUUGGGCAUAUUGAAUUAAGUCUUCAUUCUCCUGAUAUUUUGAAUAGAGUAAUAUAAAACUUUGUCUUAAUUCCUUUUAUUUUACACAUGACAGGCUGUAAUAAAAUUCAAGGUGAUAAACUCUAGAAAA